AUGCAGUUCAGCUCCCUUCUCUUUGAAAACGACGGAGCGCCGUCCUCAGUCAGGGUCUCAACGAGAUUUAACUUCGACUUUCUUAGUGCUGAGGGCGAUGUACCGGACGCUCUACUUGUUACACACGACAACGUGCAUUUCGCCGUAUUUGCCUCGAAGCUGCGCGCAGCUUCAUUCAACGACUUCGGCGGCUUACUGCUCUCCUCAAACACGCCCUCCUCGAUACCACUCACGUCCUCUGUCUUGAAUCUGCUCUUGCACGCAAUCUACGGCUUGUCUGCCGCAGAGUAUACAAGGGAGGACCUUGCUGCCGCCGUAGAGGCGCUACAGCCGCUUGGACUGUCCAAGGAGGCAUACAUGAAGACGACAUCGACGUUAUCCCAGGAAAUACUGCGCCGCGCGCCAUCUGCGCCACUUGUUUGUUACAAGCUUGCCGCGCACGCGGGAAUUGAAGAGCUCGCUGUCCUCAUCUCACCGUACACCCUUUGCAUCUCUCUGAACGUUCUCACCGACGAAGAUGUGGUUUGCAUAGGAGCGCACUAUACGAGACGUCUUUUCUUCCUCCAUAUCGACCGCGUUGAGGCCAUCAAGGGCAUCCUACUCCCGCCGCCUGAGCCACAUUCUAGCUCAUCGACCUGUGACACGUCCUCUGCCCCCCGGACGUCUCUGUCACAACACUCAAGACACAUCUGCAGGCCGUUGGCCUCGGGAUUCAGUGCCCCGAAUGCGCCGGGCAGCUGGACCAUCGCGUCAAGCAACUCCUUGCUGACUGGUCUCUCAUCAAGAUGA